AUGCCAUCCACCUUCCGCAUACUAUCACGGCUGAGAUUCCUGGAUCUCAGUAACAACAAAAUACAAGACAUAGCAGAGAAAACAUUUGAAGGUUUGGGCAACCUCAUACAUAUUAAUCUGGCAUUUAACGAGAUAGCGGUGAUAGGGGACGCCUUUCACCGUCUGUACGGCUUAAAAGAUUUGAAUAUGAGUGGAAAUAGCUUAACUGUUUUAAAUGAAACAGCGCUGGGUCCUGUUGUCUACCGGCUGGAGAGGCUGGACCUUGUAGGCAACCUGUUUCUGUGUGACUGUAACUUACUGUGGUUUGUUGAGUGGGCCAACCACAAAUACGAUAGGGUGCCGAACUUGUACAACCCUUAUCCUGGCUUUCGUCGAGGCUAUACUUGUUCUCGUCCCGCAAAACUGCAUGGACAACGUUUGAUAGACGGGUUGAUCCAGAAACAACAAUCCGACGACAGAAAGGAUUCUUCGGAACGUAGGUUUUUUGACACAGUCUGUAGUCAUGGAUUUCGGCCCAACCGCCUCCUGGCUUGUGUGCUCGCCUCUUCCGGCAUCUUCGUCGCCAUGAUGACCAUUUUCCUGGUCGACUACAACAUCGAUCGUGUUCAGUACUACCUGUGGAAGUUGCUGAGACCGAAGAUUGGCGAAGUAGAGUACCAAGAGCCGCCCAGAUACACGCACGAUGCUUUUAUUGCCUACAACAACCAGGACGUCAUGUGGGUUGUACAUGAAGCAAUAGAGAAUCUGGAACCUGACUACAGUCUGGUCAUACACGAAAGGGACUUUAUAGGCGGCGCACCCAUUGUGGAAAACAUCGCGGAUGCCGUGGAAAACAGCCGGAGAACCGUCUGCCUCAUCACCAGGAACUUCCUGAAGAGUAAGUGGUGCGAGUACGAGUUCCAGAUGGCCCAGUACAACAUGUUUGAGGAGGGGGGAGGGAGGCGUCUCAUCCUGGUGUUUCUGGAGAGGAUUCCUGACAGGAUGCUGAAACGGUUCCGCCAUCUGAACGCCGUAAUGAAGAGGGACACGUACCUGACGUGGCCGGACGACGUGCGGAAAAGGCCGCUGUUCUGGAAGCGGCUGCGAGACGCUCUGGGCGAUCCUCUACCCCGGGACCCAGAGCCUCAGCAGCAGGUACAAGAUCCGGAACGGGACAUUCCGGAACAGCAGGUACAAGAUCCGGAUCGGAACAUUCCGGAACAGCAGGUACAAGAUCCGGAUCGGAACAUUCCGGAACAAGAUCCGGAACGGAAUAUUCCGGAACAGCAGACACAAGAUCCGGAACGGAACAUUCCGGAACAGCGGGUACAAAAUCAGGAACAGCAUACACAAGAUCCGGUUGGGAACAUUCCGGAGCAGCAAGAACUGGCUCCGGUAAGGAACAUUGUGGAAGCGCAGGUGCUUGGCCCCUUGCGGAACGUUCUGGCACAGCAUAAUGAAGUUCUAUUUUUUGAGCCAGAAGACCAGUGGUUUGGAGAGGGUGAUGCCAUUCCUCUCCUUCCAAUGUAG